AUAUAUAAUAUAAAUGCUUAUAAAUGGUCGUAAGCAUUUUCAAUCGUCAACUAGUUAGAUACUUAGACGGUUAUUGGAAACAUUGCAAAAUCGGUUUAACUGUAACUUAAGAAGAUCAAUGUUCAGGUUUACAUCAAAUUUGCCUUUGCAAUCCAGCUGACAAUUAUCUUCUCACCUUAACCAUUCACUAGUUGAUCAAUUAAAAGUAUUUAUACCUUAGCUUGUGAUUACAAUUUAAAUUUGGAUUAAUUUGUGUUCAUUAAUUUCGCUGCAAUUUUCUCUUCAAUCAUCUUUCUAUUUUUGAUUUCUCAAAAUCUAAUAUUGACUAUAUUGACAAUAUAAACCUUUUUAUUUCUGGUUCAAAAUGAUCAACACUAAAGGUUUAACCGUAAAUCAAUUCAUCAAUGGAAAUUACAUUCUACUUGGUUUGCUAAUUGUUGGUCUGUUCAAUUUAAUUCCAGUCUCUUCACGUGAAAUGAAUCGAUGCUCAUUGGCAAAGUCUCUUUACACUCGGUACAAAGUUUCAAAGAGCAUUAUUCCCAGUUUACUUUGUCUCAUUGAACAUUCAUCUAAAUUUGAUGCUUUCAAGAUCACGGAAACCCGAGAAGGCAAGCGAUACGGAAUAUUUCAGUUUAAAGUUGGUGAACAUUGUGGUGAUAAUGGACCUCAAAUUGAUGAUUCUUUAUGCCGAGUUCCUUGUGGUAAAAUGAUUGACGAUCAAUUAACUGAUGAUGUUCGUUGUUGGCGUAAAAUUUACGCUAAAUAUGGAUUCUCAUAUUGGCCUGAAUGGGUUAACAAUUGUCGGGGCAAAUAUUUAGUGUCUUAUCUUCAGGGUUGCCCACUUUAUUGAUGCAAAUGUAAUUGCUAUCUCUCCGGUUUGAUCGUUUAUCACAAAGUAUGCUCAAUAUCCUGGUUUAACAUUCAUUUACUCGUUUAAAAUAUGCUGUAAAUAUCAAUUAUCACAAAUAUCUUUAAUUAAUUUCUAAUAA